CUCUCUAACAUACAUGUGCCUUCAAACAUGGCCGCAUCCAUGCUUUCUCUUUCUCCUCUCCUCUUCUUCUUCCUCUUCUUGGUCUCAUCUGCGAUUUCUCAUUCCAGAGCAACAAACGCUUCGGAUUUCAGAAUCGUCGAAGCAACCGUUGAGGAAAUCCAAGCUGCGUUCUCUCGCAACGACCUAACCUCGACUCAACUCGUUGACUUGUACCUGCAGCGGAUCCAGAAACUCGAUCCGGUGCUCCGCGCCGUACUGGAAGUGAAUCCGGACGCACGCGAUCAGGCCGAGCAGGCGGAUCGGGAGAGAAGAGGCGGGGAGGUGGUUGGGGCGCUGCAUGGGAUUCCGGUGAUGCUGAAGGACAGCAUUGGGAGCCGGGACAAGAUGAACACGACGGCAGGGUCGUAUGCGCUGCUGGGUUCGAAAGUAGCACGUGACGCGCACGUGACAAUGAAGCUGAGGGAGGCUGGUGCGGUGAUUCUGGGGAAAGCUAGUCUGUCCGAGUGGUACAGUUGUCGGUCUCCGGAAGCGCCGGAGAAUUGGUGCGCACGAGGUGGAUAUGCCACUAAUCCUUAUGUGGAGGGGGGACGUACAUGCGGAUCUAGCUUUGGAUCCGCCAUUUCAGUGGCCACCAACAUGGUUGCAGUUUCUCUGGGGACUGAAACCGAUGGCUCUAUUAUCUGCCCAGCUGACCGCAGCUCAGUUGUGGGGAUCAAACCCACCGUUGGACUCACCAGCAGGGCUGGUGUCAUACCGAUUUCGCCUCGUCAAGAUUCAAUUGGGCCAAUAUGCAGGACAGUUGCAGAUGCAGUUCAUGUUCUUGAUGCCAUUGUUGGGUUUGAUCCCAGAGACUAUAAUGCUACAAAGUCAGCAGCUAUGUUUAUACCUCAAGGUGGUUACAAGCAGUUCCUCAGGAAAGAAGGCCUCAAAGGAAAGAAACUUGGUGUUGUUAGGAAUCCAUUUUUCACUCCUUAUAAUGGAUCCAACGUCAUUUCUACCUUUGAGAAUCAUCUUAACAUUUUCAGGCAAAGAGGUGCGACGGUGAUAGAUAAUUUGGAAAUAGAGAAUUCAAGCAUCAUUCUUGACCCUUUCCAAAGUGGUGAAACAUUAGCAAUGCUGGCAGAGUUCAAGUCAUCCAUCAAUGAGUAUCUGCAAGAACUGGUUUAUUCUCCUGUGAGGUCGCUGGCUGAGAUUAUUGAAUUCAACAUCAAUCACCCUGAUUUAGAAAAGACAAAUGAGUAUGGGCAGGAUUUGUUUAUUGCAUCAGAAAUGACAAAUGGCAUUCCUCCAAUUGAGGCAUUGGAGAUGAUGGAGCAAUUAUCACAAAAUGGGUUUGAGAAAUUGAUGAAGGAGAAUGAAUUGGAUGCAUUGGUGACUAUUGGAUCUGAUGCUGCCACGGUUCUAGCAAUUGGAGGGUACCCUGCAAUCACUGUUCCAGCUGGAUAUGACAGCAAGGGAAUGCCAUUUGGAGUGUGUUUUGGAGGGCUAAAGGGAACAGAGCCAAAACUCAUUGAGAUUGCUUAUGGCUUUGAACAAGCUACUAAGGCAAGGAAGCCUCCCCCUACUUUUCAUCUACUUCAAGACACUAUUUGAAGAUUAAUUCUUGUUUUCAUAUGUUUAGAUCUGAUUAAUUGUAAUUCAGCUUCAGCAGCAUGUUUUUAGUUAUAGGAUGCUCAAGUGCUUCAACUAACACUUCCAUCUAAUGUGAAUUGUAAUUUAAUUUAAAUAUACCAAACUGCAUGAUUUAGAACAUUGCACAAAAA